UGACCAGACACGUGGACGAUCUCCCUAUCAGUCACGCAGUGAUAACACGAAUCGGAGACUCUGUCGUGGCCUGUGCCGACAUGUCAUUUUCAGACGUCAGUUGUUUAUGUUGUGUCCGCUGUAAACAAGUGUGACUGUAAAACGUUAGAAGAAGAACGUAUUAAUACUAUUACUUGCUAUUACAAACGAGCAACGAUAUCGAGCAGUGUUCUGACGUUGUCGUUGUCGCCUUAGGUACCACAGCAGUACUCACGGGCCCAAAGACGUCUUCUGACCGUCUGAAACCCGGUGGUGAACCAUGAACAAUCGAGCUAAGUUCACCAUAUGUGCCGCAGGCAUAUUCGUGUGCUAUUUCUUCUACGGUAUACUCCAGGAGAAGAUCACGCGCGGCACGUACGGCACUCAGGGUGAAAAGUUUACGUACUCGCUGUCGCUGGUGUUCGUGCAGUGCGUCGUCAACUAUGCGUUCGCUCGAGUCGUGCUCAAAGCGUUCCCCGAAGAGAGCGCCGACACGACAAAAUCGGCGUACUACGCCGUCAGCGCGGUCACGUACUUGCUGGCCAUGAUCUUCAGCAACAUGGCGUUACAAUGGGUCAACUAUCCCACUCAGGUGGUGGCCAAGUCUGGAAAGCCAAUACCGGUCAUGAUUUUGGGUGUACUGUUGGGACGCAAGUCGUAUCCGUUAAAAAAGUAUUUGUUUGUACUGCUCGUGGUUAUUGGAGUAGCUUUGUUCAUGUUCAAAGAUGGCAAGUCUAAUCCAUCACAGUUGGAUUCUUCUAUGUCGGGUCUUGGAGAAAUACUGUUAUUAUUGUCACUGAUGAUGGAUGGUGUAACUGGAGCUGUCCAAGAGCGAAUGCGUAGUGAAUCAAAAACAAAAUCAGGACAUAUGAUGGUUAACAUGAAUUUGUGGUCAAUGAUGUUUUUGAGUAUUGCACUUAUUGCCACUGGUCAAAUAUUUGACUUUAUUAGCUUUGUACAACGUUAUCCACAGAUAGUUUUACAACUAUUGUUAUUCUCAGCAUUUAGUGCACUUGGACAGUUCUUUAUAUUUUGGACCGUAAGUGAUUUUGGACCUUUACCAUGUUCAAUUGUGACAACAACGAGAAAAUUCUUUACUGUACUCGCAUCAGUUAUAUUUUUUGGCAAUCCAAUGUUGACUAGACAGUGGAUUGCUACUGUUAUAGUAUUUAUUGGAUUAUUCUUAGAUAGUUUCUAUGGUAAACAACCUGUCAAAAGUAAAUGAUUUUAACAUUCAUUUUAUCAUUACAAUUGUCAAUGUUUUAUGUAUGUUUACUUUUUAUAAAAGUAUGUCGUAUUAAUAACAAUAAUAUUGUACAUUUCAUUUAUGAACUAAGUAUUGAGAAAUGCUUCUGUGAUAUAAUUAAAUACAAAAAAAAAAUGUAUAUUUUCUGAAAUA